GCACUCUCGGUUCUAUCCCCCAUUCCUCUCCCGUUCCUCUGCCCUCGUCUCCCCUCUCCCCCGAUCUCCGCCUCCGAGCUCCCUCCCUCCCUUUCUCUUCCCCGCUGUCGAAUCCUCGCCAUGCGCUUCUACGAUUGAUUGAUGACUCGCGCAAAGCGGCCCCUCUCCAGCGUCAGCAGCAGCGGCGGCGGCAGGACCACUACCCACAGCACCUCCUCCGGCGGAGUCAUUGGAAGCCCAGUCUCUCCAUCCGCCACCUCCUCCUCCGCCAUGAAGAAGUUCAAGUCCCAGCCGCCCGCCGCCGCUGCUGUCGAGAGGGAGAAGAACGGCCUCCAUCCCCACAGCACCCACUUCGACCCCGCGGCGGCGGCGGAGGCGGCCGCCCAACCCGCCGGGGAGGAGGACCCCAUGCUCGUAGACCAGGAGGACCUCAAGGCUGGCGCAUCCACUGCCAUCACCUCCACCGGCGUCGCUGCCAACCUCUCCAGGAAGAAGGCUACCCCUCCUCAGCCGUUGGCCAAGAAGCAGCUCAUCAUCAAGCUCGUUAAAGGGAAGCCGACUCUGCCAACAAAUUUUGAAGAAGAUACAUGGGCAACAUUGAAGUCUGCUAUUACAGCUAUAUUUUUGAAGCAGCCUGAUCCUUGCGACUCUGAAAAGCUUUAUCAGGCUGUCAGUGAUCUUUGUUUACACAAGAUGGGAGGAAAUCUUUAUCAACGUAUAGAGAAGGAAUGUGAAGUACAUAUUUCAACAACACUAUUCGCAUUGGUUGGUCAGAGCCCUGACUUGGUUGUAUUUUUAUCAUUAGUUGAAAAAUGCUGGCAGGAUUUUUGUGACCAAAUGUUGAUGAUACGUGGUAUAGCGUUAUAUCUUGAUAGAACUUAUGUCAAGCAAACCCCAAAUGUUCGGUCAUUGUGGGACAUGGGGUUGCAGUUGUUUCGGAAGCACCUCUCCUUAUGUCCAGAAGUUGAACACAAGAUUGUCACCGGUCUUUUGAGGUUAAUUGAGCAGGAGAGACUAGGUGAAGCUAUUGAUAGGACAGUACUUAGUCAUCUUUUAAAGAUGUUCACGGCUCUUGGAAUUUACACAGAAAGCUUUGAGAAGCCCUUUCUCGAAUGCACCUCUGAGUUUUAUGCUGCUGAAGGUGUGAAAUAUAUGCAACAGUCAGAUGUUCCAGACUAUUUGAAACAUGUGGAGUCAAGGCUACAUGAGGAACAUGAAAGAUGCUUGCUCUACCUAGAUGCAAAUACAAGGAAGCCCCUUGUAGCAUCCACUGAAAAACAACUCCUUGAACGCCACACAUCUGCAAUUCUUGACAAGGGAUUUACAAUGCUAAUGGAAGCAAAUCGUGUUGAGGACCUUCAGAGAAUGUACACACUCUUUCAGAGGGUUAAUGCUCUGGAGUUGUUAAGACAAGCUCUUAGCUCAUAUAUUCGGGGUACCGGGCAAGGCAUUGUUAUGGAUGAAGAGAAAGACAAAGAUUUGGUUUCCUAUCUCUUGGAGUUUAAAGCAUCUCUGGAUACAAUCUUAGAAGAAAGUUUCUUCAGAAAUGAAGCUUUUUCGAAUACCAUAAAGGAUUCUUUUGAGCAUCUCAUUAAUCUUCGUCAGAAUAGACCAGCUGAACUGAUUGCGAAAUUUCUGGAUGAGAAGCUUCGUGCUGGCAACAAGGGUACGUCUGAAGAAGAGUUGGAGGGUACACUUGAUAGAGUGUUGGUCUUAUUUAGAUUUAUUCAAGGAAAAGAUGUCUUUGAGGCAUUCUACAAAAAGGAUCUAGCGAAAAGAUUAUUGUUGGGAAAGAGUGCAUCAAUUGAUGCCGAAAAGUCAAUGAUUUCAAAACUGAAAACUGAGUGUGGAAGUCAAUUCACAAAUAAACUUGAAGGGAUGUUCAAGGACAUUGAGUUAUCGAAAGAGAUUAAUGAUUCCUUUAAGCAAUCAUCCCAAGCCAGAACAAAACUUCCAACUGGUAUUGAAAUGAGCGUCCAUGUCCUAACGACUGGGUAUUGGCCAACAUAUCCUCCUAUGGAUGUUCGACUUCCACAUGAACUGAAUGUUUAUCAGGAUAUAUUUAAAGAGUUCUAUUUGAGUAAGCACAGUGGGAGGCGCUUGAUGUGGCAAAAUUCAUUAGGUCACUGUGUUUUAAAAGCAGAAUUUCCAAAGGAAAAAGAAUUGGCAGUGUCAUUAUUCCAGACUGUUGUAUUAAUGCUGUUCAAUGAUGCUCAAAAGCUCAGUUUUCAAGAUAUUAAAGACUCAACUGGCAUUGAUGAUAAAGAGCUUAGGAGGACUCUACAGUCACUUGCAUGUGGCAAAGUCCGAGUUCUCCAGAAGAUCCCAAAAGGAAGAGAAGUAGAGGAUGAUGACACAUUUGUGUUCAAUGAAGAAUUCAGUGCUCCUCUCUACCGUAUAAAGGUAAACGCAAUUCAAAUGAAGGAGACAGUGGAAGAAAACACAAGCACCACUGAAAGAGUAUUUCAAGACCGUCAAUAUCAGGUUGAUGCGGCUAUAGUCCGUAUCAUGAAGACAAGGAAAGUACUAAGCCACACGCUUUUAAUAACUGAGCUCUUUCAGCAGCUAAAAUUUCCAAUAAAACCAGCAGACUUGAAGAAAAGGAUAGAGAGCCUCAUCGACAGGGAAUAUCUGGAACGGGACAAGAACAAUCCUCAGAUCUACAAUUACCUGGCUUAACCCCUUCUGCACGCUCAAGAAACCUCUUCUACCAGCAAAUGAGGGAGUUGACUCCUCUCGAAGGUCAUGCUUCGGGGGUUGCUUUAGCAAUCUCUUGAUGUCAACCGGUGUACAGGAAGAAGCAACAUUUUUCCUUUUGUUCCGAGUGACAAGUCAAUACUGUAAAAAAUCAAGUUCCACUGUGUUUUUUCUUCUUGUUGUGGAAUUAAUCAUUAUAAAUUUUUUUAAAACAAGUGCUCCUUCGCACGUUGCAGCAAUA